AUGUUGCUUCAGUUGCUGCUUCUUUACUUUUGUGACAGAACCAGCUCUGCAGGCUAUGUCGCCGUUCAGCUACCAUAUGCUAAUCCGGCUGGAAUAAACUACAUCAAUGGACAAACACAUUAUCAAGCAGGUCUGCUCGCAGGACCAGUACGAUAUCCUGUAGCGGUUGCAGCUUCGCCAGCACAUCAUACUCAAAACUUUCAGGUGAUAGGUACUCCCUCCUAUUAUUCGUACAAUCUUCCAGCCCCAGUCCCUGCGGCAUCGUAUCCAUUUCACGUUUAUAACCCUGCAGCGGUAACACCUGUCGUAUAUGGAGCAGCUCACCGUCCAUCUGUAGUGGCUGUAGCGCCGCAACCUGUGCAUCCGGUUGUAACCCAAUAUCAUACCCCUGCCGUCCAUCCGGUUCAUAUUCCGCCCGCACAUGCAGCUCCAGGUCACAUUCCAGUUGUUGCCGUGACUCCAGUAACACCUGUGGCUCCAGUCGCUCCAGCAACUACAACUGUAACUAAAACAAUUACACGGGAAGAAGAAUCCUUUUCUUCAAGCACACAAUCACCAAUUCAUGUCAUCAAAUCUCGCAAAUACAAAGUGCGAAGGCCUGCAAUUCAAAACCAAUUUUAUGAUAUCGAAGAAAGGGUAAUUGUACGACCGGUUGGUACCGCUUUAGUAGAAUUAGAGCAUCCUGUAUCUAAAACGCAAACAAGCGUCCGAACCCAUGCAGUUCAAACAAAAUCCAGUGCAGCAGACGAUGGCUACGUGGUUUCAAGUGAAUCAACGGUAACGCAGAGACCGCAAAUAGUCCAAACUCAUACGGUUUACCAUCAACCGCCAGUUCAGCAAGUCCCAGUUUAUUCUCCGCAUCCUGUGAUUAUUCAUUCCAGUAAUGCAGGCCACGUUCCCCAUCCAGUGACUCUACCUUCUGUACAAACUCCAGUUUACGUGAACCACGUUCAACCCGUGUACGUCCAAACAACUACCGUCCCUAGUUUAGUGACAUUCAAACCCUCGCAUGUAACGUAUCCGGCGGUUAGCACUCCAACGUCAACUACGAUUCCCACACCAACAAGCGAUGGCGGAGUAGAUUAUGAUGAUUCAAUAGUGGUCGAAGCACGUGGCGGUGUACGCACUCUUCACGAGCCAACUUCAACACAAACUUCACACGAUUAUUCGACAACACCUGCUAAAUAUCGCAAUCGCCAAUGCAAUGAUUAUGAAGACGUAAAUGAUCCUCCCAAAAGAGGUGAUAUAGCCAUCACAUACGCUACCGAAGAAACCCAUCAAAGCCUAUCUAGAGAAGACGAGAACAGUACCUUACCAACAACCACAGAAAACUCGAAUGUUUUGGUUAAUGCUUCAUUUAAAAAUGUGAACAUCAAUGCACGAUUUGCAGCCAAGGGGGACAACCAAUCGCAAUCAAUUAUAGUUCGAAAUGAGCAAAAGUCUCAACCUCGUAGCGAGCAUUUCAGCGAAACAACCGUUGCUUCUGCAAAGGUGCUGAUAGCUAGCGAACUUUCUGCAGAUCAAGCACGAUCGAAUCAGGAACAGUUCAUCCGGUUGCUAUCCGAAAGAGAUUCCAUUUCGGAAGUCGCUUACGGUCCACAUACUGAUACCUCAAGUAGUUUGGUAAAUACCUAUGUGCGAAGUCGAGUUCUUUCAGCAACACCAGCACCUCACGACGCGAGAGGAAGUAGCAAAACUGUAAACAUUCGAAGAAUUAUAGUAUCUCGCCCGAUUGAGACGGAACAGGAGAUCGAAGUACGGGAGCAUGGCUUGGAUCUGGACUCGCAUGACAGCGAUCAUCAGAUUGCGUCCAGCUCGGAGCAGGUUCCAGUGUACACGAAAAUAAAACCGCCGGCUUUUGCCGACGAUCAAGCUAAAUAA